CUUCCACACCCUAUCAUCCCAUCAUCAGAUUCUCCCAAUAUCAAAGAUACUAAAUUUCUCCAGUGACAGAGCAUAUGUGAACGUGUCAACCAUCCACUGAGGGGUUUCCCCAAAACCAGAUAACGAGCAGACAUGAAAAUGAAACUCUGUUCAAACUCCGACAAUGAACAUCCUCAACUGUAGCUCCCUGGCCUAAAUGUUAGCAGCCGGCGAGUACAGCAACCAUACCGGCCGGCAGCUGCAGCCGGAGACGAGCCAGAGCGAGCUGAGCUUGCCUAGAGUGCUCUGUGUUCUGUCUUCGAUGAUAGAGAAGCUAGUGGCACGAAAUGACAAGCUCGUGGACGGCGACGGGCUGUGCUGUGGCUCUGUGAGACCCGGAAAGAGCUUGAAAGCCUUUCAUGGCGUAAGAGCACCGAGCAUAAGCAUACCCAAGUAUUUGGAGAGGAUUUACAAGUACACUAGUUGUAGCCCGUCUUGCUUCGUGGUUGGUUAUGUGUAUAUAGACAGGCUCAUACAUAGGCAUCCUGACUCGCUUGUGGUAUCCUUGAACGUACACAGGUUGAUAGUUACCAGCGUCAUGAUUGCUUCCAAGAUGCUGGAUGAUGUACAUUAUAAUAAUGCCUUUUUCGCUCGAGUGGGAGGAGUGAGCAACGCUGAAUUAAACAAGCUCGAAAUAGAGUUGCUGUUUCUAUUGGAUUUUGGAGUGAUGGUAAGCUCUCGGGCUUUCGAGAGCUACUGUUUGCACUUAGAAAAAGACAUGCUUGUGAAUGGAACAGGUCUGGAAAUUGAGAGGGCAUUGGUAGCCAACGCUGUGGAUGAGCCUGAUGAGACGACCGAAAUAUCAGUUGAAGAUCGUUUAAACUCUUCCCCGUCUCAAAUCGUGGACUGAUCUUGAGUCUUUCGUUUUGCUGAAUUUUGGCUGCAGAUUAUCAGCAGUUUCGUUCUUCUUUUUCA